UUUAAGCCACGCCUAUUAAAGAAGGAGUCAAUCAUGUUUGGAGGAGAGUUUGUUAUUCCUCUCUUUUGGGGAGUAGUACUGACCCUCUCUCUAGAGAUACUUCUCCUUUUGCUUUGGCUGAGACGGCAGCCUGUGACCACGCCCUCAAAACAACCAUUCCCAUCAUUUAAAAGAACCAAAUCACCAGAGGUUUUGCAAGACAUUGAUAAGAGCCUAGAGUCGUGUGAUUGGUUUAAUAUAAUAACCGAUUUCCUUUAUCAAGAACUUAGGGACACAGAGACUGCAAGACGAUUAAUAAUGAAGCAAAUAAAGAAGGAGUUUAAGGAGCUACUCCUCACAAAAACCGAAGGGAAAAUGUUUGAUGAACUUAAGGUCCGUGAGUACAACAUGGGGGAGUCCCUGCCGAUAUUCAGUAAUAUUGAAUUGGUGGAUGUAAUUAGAGAUAGCGAACUUCCAAAUAAGAGGAUAGAGUUGAUUGAAUUUAAUUGUUCAGUGGACUAUACAGGAUCAUUUGAAAUUGGUAUAGACGCAGUAAUGAUGUUUGGUCGCUCGGCUUACGUGUCGAUUCAGCUCCGUCAGCUAAAGGGGCGGGGCCGAUUUCAAAUGUCCAGGAGCCCGUUCAAUCACUGGUCGUUUGCUUUCUUAGAAGAGCCUCAAGUGGAAGUGAUAGUCACAAGUCGAUUUGAAGGAAGGAGCCUACCACGCCUCUCUGCAUUCUUAGAAUCACAGUUUAAGAGAUGGAUUAGGAGAACUCACACUUUACCUAAUUACAAAGUUCGUUUCAAACCGUUUUUCAGGAAAUACAAAUAUCACGACCAGUUAAAUGAUGUAUACUUGCACAAUGAGAUGUUGACAUCAGGAGGUUUAGAAGUUAAAGUUGUGGAGUGCAGCAGGUUGAGAUUAGUCGAUAUUGCAAUUGAUGUCUACUGUACUUUAUCUAUAGAUGCUCUGCCACAGGAGCCAUUGGUUGGCCUGUGGAAGAACGUAUGGCCGUAUCACGACUUUCUUGUUUGUAAGUUGCAUCCUUACCAAACAAUAGGAAUGAAAUAUAAACUGUUUUAUUUGGAAGAGGAUAGAGGUAGCUUUGUUAUAGUAUCGGAAGUGUACGAUGGAUCGCCAGCAUCUGAGGCUGGUAUUAAAAGAGGAGACAUACUUACUAAAAUUGAUACCGUGAAGAUAACCACCGUCGAACAAGCAAAGAAGAUAAUAAAGACUCUUGCAACUGCAAUAAAGAUAUUGAUUACAGUUCAAAGACCAACCACUGACUUAUUGAAGCAUUUUGCAAAAAGUAGGGGGAAAUCAAAGAGGUCAUCACAUAAAAGUGGCACUAAUGUUGGAGAAAGAGGAUUAGAAGAAUUUGAACACAUUCAGAGCACAAGCGAUGAUAUUAGUAGUCUAGGGGGUGUGGUCAACAGGAGAAUAAUUAGAGGAGGACGAGCUCAAGCGUCAAGUGCUGAAGGAACUGGAGAAAUUAAUGAACCAGUUCAUGAGCCAGCUAGUGAAAUAUCAAGUAGCGAAAGGACAAGAUCAAACGAGGGCAGGCCUCACGUACGCUUGCCUAGACAGUACAAGACAAAACCAGUGGCAGUUUCACAAAAUCCUGUCUGGGAUGAAUUAUUCAACUUUGAAGUAUCGUCGAGCGAGUAUCGCUAUCUCAACGUUUGUGUCUGGUCUCACCUCAAAGGUGAAGAGGGAGAUAUAAUGAUUGGAUAUGUGUCUAUAUCUCUGACGGAUUUAGCGAUCGAGUGUAGCUUAACUAAUUCAGGGACUCAUCAGCAGAGAUACGUGCUAGUACCAGCAAAGUUAUCUAAAAUAAUGACAAGUCGUGCUGCUCUUAAAGUUACCUCGGGUCAUACAGAGCUACCGGCUACAGCAAAACUGAAUAAGAUAAUCGGAAGCAAGAAAUACGUCGGAGAUAUCACACUUCAGUUUAGGCACACGCCCACAGAGACAGACCAUGCCCACUCAACGAGUAGUAGCAACAGGAAGAGAAAAAAGAGAAAAGACUCGGAAAACGAAAUCGAGACUAGUAAAAAAUUUCCUACGAAGCCAUUUACAGCAGGUGAAGGCUCCGACCACCCAUCAAAGCAUAUUUUCGAUCCAGUGGAUCUCAAAAUCAGUGAAAAGAAAUGUUUUAUUUGUCACGACAGGAUAUGGAAACAGGCUUGGAAGUGUAAGAGGUGUGAAAUUGUCACUCAUUUAAAAUGCACCAACUACUGCAAGAAAAUGGUACCAUGUCACAAAGAAGGGGGAGAAGAAGUCGAAGAGAAUGUGUUAUUAAGUGUUGAUGAAUCCAGUAAUGCAACAGUAAGAUAUUCCAUCGAUCAGGAAUGGGCACUGCUUGAAAGAGAAGAGGAAGAGAAAGAAGAAUAUGCUAGAGAGAGAACCAUACUAGAAGAGAAAGAAGAAAGCUACAGUCACGCAAGAAUGUUAUAUAGAUCUGUCAGUGAAGGACUAGUUACUAAACAAGAUGGUAACGGAGCAAUUCUUGAAUCAAUUGAUACUGAUACUGGCGGUCAAGAUGUAACACCUCCUGAGUCUGAUAAUAGUUCAACUGAUGAUGAGCAUAAAGACCUUGAAUCUCUUACUAACGAUGCUACAUGUGUGUCACAUGAGACUGGAUCACAUGAUAAAGAAGAGGAUGAGAAUUUAAGCGAGUUGCUAUUGGAAGGUUAUACUGAAGAAGAAUUGAUGGAGAAAAUUAAUAUGGCUCAGAAUUCUUUGGAUCUGCUUGCAACUCAGAAAAGGGAGCUUGCAUCAUCAUCUGAAACCAGCAUGACAGAGGAACUAAGAGAACACUUACUAGCAAAGAAUGAAGCACAGCAAGAAACGACUGAAGAACUUUUAAAACAGCAAAAGAAAUUAUUAGAAAAAUUAUUAUCAUAAUAUUAUUAUAUUAUUCGUUUUUUUCGUUUGUGUGUGAUUUUUGUCUGAAGAAGAUUUACGUUUUGAAAACA